CAGAGGUAUAAAAAUGAAACGCCCACAAAAAAAGAGUAGAAGAAAAAAUUGGGGAAAAAGGAUGGCCGUUGCUAGAGCCACAACCAGCAUGAUUCUCCGAGCUUUCAAUUCCCGCCAUUUCCAUUCUUCUUCCUUUACGCCGCUGUCCUUCUCGCCGUUGAGCUCCACCGCUCUUCAAUUCACCCAUCGGAAAAUCAGCUCCGCCAAGUUCAUCUGCGCGGCAGCGUCCUCCGACGACAAGAAGGUCUCCGCUCGACUAUCGCAAGUUCAGCAGCUACUCCAUGAAGCCGACGAACGGGCUAGCUUCGCCAGCGACGAACCUACUCCUCGAAUCACUCUCGACCAUGUAGCUGUUAGCUUCGCGAGAAGUGGUGGCCCUGGAGGUCAGAAUGUGAACAAAGUGAACACCAAGGUGGACAUGCGAUUCAAUGUUAAGAAUGCAUACUGGCUAAGUGAGAGGAUCAGGGAGAAGAUAUUCCAAACGGAAAAGAACAGAAUCAACAAAGAUGGUGAAAUUGUCAUCUCUUCAACAAAGACCAGGACUCAGAAGGGUAAUAUUGACGAUGCUUUGGCAAAACUGCAGGCAAUCAUUGAUGCCGCUUCUUAUGUUCCACCACCUCCUUCAGAAGAGCAGAAGAAGAAAAUUGCAAAGCUAGCUGCCAUAGGUGAGCAGAAGAGAUUGAAAAGCAAGAAGGUUAUCUCGGAUAAGAAAGCUUUUAGAAGAGGUCGAGACAGUUGGGACUGACUGCCUGAUUAUCGUUACUUGACCUCCAGUAUAAAAAAACACCAGUACCAGCAUACAUGCACUGGUAAAGCAAGGCUCAAACUAGCGAUUUUUCUGGUAGGCGGAGUUGCCCCCUGCAGCUUCCAGAUUCCACACGUUGUUACGAAAUUCGAAGGCGACGAACCAUUCGUAUGGAAAUAGGUAUAUUGUUCCAAGGGGAGACAUUGUGUCAUGAAUUUAUCUUGAAACGGGU